GUCAGCUGCAGGACAUGCUGCUGGACUACAACCAGCUCUCCGGCCCCCUCUCGCCCGGCUCCUGCGUCUCUCCCCAUCAUCCAAACCAUCUCAGCAAGAGGGAACGGAUUCGAAGGCUCGGUCCCGAAGGAGCUAGGGUACGCGCAGCGGCUUUCAAGGUUGGAUCUGGGGGGAAACAGGCUGGAUGGGAGCAUUCCAGAGACGCUGGGGCAGAUGUGGAGUCUGACUUCGUUGAGGUUGGACUCGAACCGGAUAGGAGGGUUGAUUCCGACGAGGCUGAACACGCUGGCGCAGCUGCAGGUGCUGACGCUGAAUGGGAACGAUUUAGUAGGGGAACUUCCCCGUUUAAUGGGCUGGAGAAUCUGGUUCGGUUUGACGUGUCGAAUAAUGAUUUGUUCGGGUCGACGCCGGCAGAAGGGCCCCUGGCGAAGUUCCCCCCGUCCUCGUUUGAAGGCAACCCGGGAUUGUGUUAUGGGGAAUGCCCGCCCUCCCCCCCUGGUGGGACCCCAGUCCGCCCUCCCCUCCCCCUCGUGCCCCCCGCCCCCUUCGUCUCCCCAUCCGCUCCUCUUCCUCCUCCGCCUGCCUCUCCCCCACCGCAGGAGCCCCCUCCCCCGGUUCAGCCUCCUCCUCCUCUUCUCCCUCCACCUGUGUCCCCCAUUGUCCCCCCCCCCAAGCGCACUCAUCCCCCAAGACCCCCAUCCCGCCACCCCCGUCCCCCCUGGCCUCCCCACAACCAUUCCCUCCUCCUCGCCCCCAUACACAUCACCCUCUUCCCCCCAGCAAGCCCCCCUCCCCCCCACGCCCUCCCCCCGUCCGCCUCUGACCCCUCCCCCACUUGCGCCUCCCCCUGGUACCGCCCCCCCGCCAGGGGAAGGGCCUUCCCCCGCCCCCUCUCCUUCCCCCAGCCCUUCCCCCUCAUCCGCACCCUCUCCCGCUCCCACUUCUUCCCCCUCCCCUACUCCUGCUCCCGCUUCCCUUCUCCCUCCUCCUCUCGCCCAACCGCCCAUUUCUCCCCUCCUAAUUCCUCCACUCCCCCACCCUCCCAAGCAACACCUCCUCUCCCUUCUCCUCUCACCCCUCCUCUCACUCCCCCUCUCACUCCCCCUGCCACCCCUCCUUCAAACUCCCUCCCACCACCACCACCACCAGCACCACCGCCUGGUGAUUCGUCUAGUAACCUAGACGUAUCCUCCUCCCCCACCCCACCUCCCCCCUCUACAAGCACCAACCCCUAUAGUAACGACCUGGCCUGGUGGCAGCUGCUCGCGUUAUGUGCUGCCUCGUUACUAGCAACUCUGCUCUUUGCAGCGCUGUUCACCUUUGGAUGCCCGUAUCUCUGCGGCAUGGCAGCACGGGCGAAGCACAGGUAUAAUGGGGUGCCUACUAACGAGGAUGCUGCUAUUAAAGCGGAAGCUGAAGCAGCAGCGGCGACGGCGGCGGUGGCAGGGGGAGCAGGAGCAGGGACUUAUAGCGGGCCGUACAGUAACGAGUAUGGAACGGGAGGAGCAGAGGGAGAAGGGGGGAUGGGGAUGCAGGGAGGGGAAGGGAUGCCUGCUGGUGGUGCUGCUGGUGGUACAGCAGCAGGCGGGGCAGCAACAGCAGCAGCAGCAGGAGGAGGAGGAGGAGCAGGAGCAGCAGGAGGAGCAGCGCUGAUAGGAGCAGCUGCUGCUGCAGCUGCAGUGGGUAUAGGUGCUGGUGCUGCCGGUGCUGCAGCAGCAGCCGGCUCAAAAUCACCAGGAGGGGCCGGAGACGAUGAUGAUGAUGAUGCAGAUGGUGUGGCGGCAGGAGCAGGAGGGGAGAGCAGCUCGUUGCUGGUGACCAUGUUUGACGGGAGGGCCGUGCGUGCAUCCGCGUUAUUAGCAGCCACGGACGAGUUCGGGCAGAGCAAGAUGAUCACGAGGGGCCCGGGGCCCAGCGGGGGGACGGCGUUUGUGGCGGACAUGCUGGGGGACGAAGGACCCAUGCUCGUGGCGAAACUGCUGCCCACGGUGACAGAGCAAGGGGAGGAUGGGGAGGAGUUUCCUGUUCCUAUGAGUCUGAAUAUGGAGGAAAUGCGGGCGCUGGCGGAGAUCGACCAUCCGAACGUGCUACCACUGCUGGGUUGCUGGGAGGAUGAGAUCACGGGGAGGCGCGUGCUGCUGUACGAGCUCAUGCCCAAUGGGGAUUUGAACGACUUCCUCUAUGAUGAGGAGCUUUCUGAGAACUCGCUAACGUGGGACGCGCGGAAGAAAGUGGCGAUAGGGAUAGCCCAGGGCGUGGCCCAUCUCCAUACCCUCACUCUCCCGCGGCCGCCCGGCUCCCAACUGGCCCCCGACCCUCUGGUGCACGGGUCGCUGCAUCCAGGGAACAUCCUGUUGGGGGACGAUGGGGAAGCGCGGCUGACCGACACGGCAGCUGCCCGCAUUGCAUUCGAUUCGGACGAUGUACACGUGGCGCCUGAAACACUUGGGUAUACUCCGCCUGAGUACAUGUCCGGCCCUACAACAGCAACCCCAGAGGGCGACGUGUUCAGCUUCGGCGUCGUUCUUCUCGAGCUGCUAACAGGCCGACCCCCCUUAGACCCCUGGUUCGCAGAGAACGAGCUGGGCGACGUGAUCGGGUGGGUGAACGUGUGUGUGGAGGAGGGGGCGGCGGGGGAUGUCUUGGACCCGAGGGUAGCGGAUAUAGCGGAGUGCGAGGGCGAGAUGCUGGAGGCGCUCAAGAUCGCGCUGGUGUGCGUGGGGGAGGAGGCGGAGGAGCGGCCCAUCAUGGCGGAUAUAGUCUCCAUGCUGGAGAGAGUAGGCGACGAGGGGGGUGGGUAGGCUGUGAGUUCUGGGUGCUGAAAACACAAGGCGCUGGCAGGAGGGCAGUAGUAGGGGGGGGCAGGAGGAGGGGCAGGAGGAGGGGCAGGAGGACAGGAGGGGGGAUGAGGCCAAGAGGGGGGCGUGCUGGACCCGAGAGUGGCGGGCAUAGCGGAGUGCGAGGGCGAGAUGCUUGAGGCGCUCAAGAUCGCGCUGGUGUGCGUCUUUUUAGUGUGCUGCACCCAUCACACGAUGACUUGCAUAUCAACAUCAUGAGGGACCUUCCACGGUCCACCUCAAUAACUAAAUGCCUUGAAAUAUC